UUGAAUGUGCACUUGAAUAAUACUGAGAAUUCGCUUAUGAAUUAAUGCGAAAUAAGUUUUACAAAAAAUCGAAAAUACAUUUUGUGUGACAGUCUAUUUCGUGCUAUGUGUGUUAGAAGUUGUUUUUGAGUGUUUAAUAUAAGUGUUGUUUCGAAUUCAUCUGUUAUCAAUCACAACUUUAUUACAGAUUUUCAAAAUGCUGCCUUCAAAAUUAAAAAGCAGGGUCUGGAGCUUCUUUAUAAGAAAUUCAGAUGCUUCCGCCACAUGCAAAAUCUGCAGCAAGAAAUUAAAAACAUUAGGUAAUACGUCGAAUCUUCGCUGUCACGUUGAGAAUGUACAUAAAAAGGUAUUACUCGAUCAAGUUGAUGAUGCAGAAUGCUCCUCCAAAACUACGCCGCACUCGGAACCAAAACAGCGAAAAAUUUCUGAUAUAAUGAACAUAACACCAACCGCUGGGACGACAGCGUCAAGUGAGUUAUCCGAUAAUAGUAGUAAGAAGACUGCAUGUAUUGAAUCGUCUCCUAGUACAUGUACUCCGUCAGUACUGCAAAAUAAAUCGGAUCAGUUGCCAGCGCUGAUCCAACCUAAUGUGAAAGACUUUUUUGAGCAGGUCAAAAGUAUUUCUUACCAAGAUGGGUCUAAAUCAAAGAAAAUUACUGAAGCAAUUGUGAAAUAUAUUAUAAUGGACAACAAGCCAUUUUCCACUGUAGAAGGAAAAGGUUUUCUGCAGAUGAUGAAAGAACUGGUUCCGCUUUUUAAAGUUCCAAGUAGAGAAACAAUAAAAUUACGAGUGGAUGAAAAAUAUGAAGCGCUGUCUUCAAUUUUCAAAGAGUAUAUUCGAAAGUGCGACAGCUAUUGCCUAACGUAUGACAUAUGGACGGAGACAAUGAAAAAUCAGUCGUUCCUUGGGGUAACAAUUCAUUUUUUGGACAAUUUACGUUUGUUGAGUGGGACGUUUGGAGUAAUCGAACUGCACGAAAGUCAUACAGCAGCUUAUAUAGAAGGAACUAUGCGUAAACUUUUCAACGAGUGGAACGUUUCCAUAAAUAAAGUUUCUGCUUGUGUAACUGAUAAUGAUUCAACCAUGAUGAAAUUAAAUAGAAGCUUGUUUGGCGAAAAAAAAAUAAUACCCUGCUUCGCACACACGCUUAAUUUGGUUGUAACGCAAUCAAUAGAUAAGUCCACGGAAGUAUCAGCUUUGAUAACUAAGGUGCGCGACAUUGUUAAGUUUAUUAAAAGAAGUGUUAAUGCCAGUGAUCAAUUGCGGCAGAAACAAAUAGACACCGGGGCUUCUACAAGUAAUACCAAGAAAAUGAUUCUUGACGUAAGAACGCGAUGGAAUUCAUGUUUUUAUAUGUUAGAGAGAUUUGUCCAGUUAGCCCCUAUUUUAAGUGAAGUACUGCUCACUCGCCCAGAAGCACCCUCUAUGGUUAAUGCCUCCGAGCUGAACAAAAUUAAGGAGCUGAUUGAAUUAUUAAAGUGUUUUGAAAUUGUGACCAGGGAGAUUUCGGCUGAUACCUACGUUACCAUUAGCAAGGUUAUACCUUUAGUAAGCUGUUUAACUGAAGCUCUGACAAAAAUUUCAGCUCAAGAUGCUAUUGUAGGGGAGCCAAAAAGUGAACUGCAAAAGAACAUGAAUAAGAGAUUUGACAAACUUGAAUUUAAUUCAGUUCUGGUGUUGGCUACUGUAUUGGAUCCGAGAUUCAAAUUACUGCAUUUUAAAGAUGCACUGGCUAAAAAAAAAAACAGUUUUGUAUUUAAAUAUAAAGGAUGCAAAUAAUAGCGUUAGUACGACGGAAUCUUCGGAUGAGUUUGCAACAGAAAACCCGUUUGAUAUUUGGAGCCAUCAUAAACAGUUGGCCCACCAAAAUAUGAAAUGUAAGUUUUCCAAUUCAUCUGCUAUUACAACAACGGAAGUUGAAGUGCAAAUGUAUCUUGGAUCGGCUGUUGCUUCUAUCAAUCAGAAUCCAACAGAAAUGUGGGAUGGUAUGAAAAAUGUAUUCCCCGAAUUGUAUAAACAAGCUUCCAAAUAUUUAUCUAUUGUGGCCACUUCAGUACCUAGUGAACGACUGUUUUCUAAAGCUGGAGCAACGAUCACACAGCAAAGAAAUCGCUUGACAGGAAAAUUCUGUUUUAAAUAAAUAAUUUGUUGUUUGUUAAAAAACUA